GACCUGGCCUUUGCUGGCUUUCCUGCAGAAGGGCUAGCUGUCAGACCUGUGCUUGCAGCCCUUUCUAGCUUUACUCCACACAAGGCAUCUGGGUCCAAAUGAACAGAUACCUCUUGCUGCUCUUCUCCCCCUUCUGUCUCAUUGUGGAAGCAACAUCACUGAAGUGUGUAACAUGCCACCUCCGCACACAGUCAGACCACUGCAGAAGAGGCUUUGGUGUUUGCCUUGCUCAGAAGCACGAAGUAUGCAUGAGCUUGAGGAUCUACUCAAAUGGCACUCUCCAGAUAUCAUACAUGGUGUGUCAGAGAUUCUGCAGGAAUUUGACAUAUAAUUUCAACAAUCGAACUUAUGUUCAUAAAUGUUGCAACUAUGAUCUUUGUAACUUCAGACUCUAAGAUACUCCUCCCCUCCAACCUCAUUCUGGAAGGUCCCAGAUGUUUUUCUUCUUUUACACUCUGCUUAUCCCGCCUUUCCACUCUACACAUCAAGGAUGCAUUCUCUGUACCUU